GCAAAACAAAGUUUUCUCUUCAUCAUCACCAUCACAUCUUCAUCUUGGUUACUUUUAUUUUCUCAUCUUUUUCCCUUUUUUUUAAUAUUCUUUUCAUCAUCAUCAUCAUCACAACCAGAGGUUACAAGCAUUUACCUGUGUGGCUAAUUGUGUUUCCAUUUCUGUGUCACCACCAAUUCGGUCACUAAAUUUACCAUCAAGAUCAUCAAGUUAACUGUCUUUUGACGUUAUUUUUUUCUCUCUCUCACUUACCUGUCUCUCUCUCUCUCUCUCUCUCUCUCUCUCUCUCACACACACACACACAAAUUUUGUUGUGGUUGUUUUUUUACCUGUUGACGGUUUACUUUUUCUGGUGUUUCUGUGUAAAUCAACAGUUUAUUUAUCAUCACUGUUUCUCUAUCUCAUUUAGUUGCUAUGUUAUCAACAAUUCUUAGCUAAUUGAUACUUAAUAUUGGCUUUUUUUUUGCUUAUCUUUUGUUUAUACCUUUUGGUGUUUUCUUUUGCCUGUAGAUUGUUGUUAAUCAUCAUCACCAUCAGAACAUGAAAGUGAUUCAUUUUUUGUUCUAUUCUCUUUUUUUUCUCAAUAUUUGGCUUUGAAUAAUUACAUCUCAUCUUCUUUAAUCAACCACAAUCUGCAAAAGAUUCAUCUCCGGAAUUUAAUGAUUAGUUGUUAACCCAAUAAGUGGAAGAUACAACAACCACAACUACAACAAUCUACUUGUUGAUGCAGAUACAUUAUAAUUGCUGUUAAUCAUUUAAGUGCAUCAUCAUCAUCAUUGAUCAUUUUAUGUUUCAAUUUUUCACUCAAUAUAAUUAUUACCACUAUUCAAAAGUGAUUCCUUCUAAUUGUUUACAUAUUGAUUGUUACAAGAUUGUGGUUGUAAUUAGCGGAAUAAACAAUUAUUACUACAAUUGUUUAUUAGAUUGGUGGCAAAGUGAAUAUUUUUUUUAUUCUAAUUUCGGUUAUCAUCAUCAUCUUACCAAUUUUUGCUCUUGUUAUUUGACUACGCGUCAAGUUACCAUCAUUAUCAUCAUUACCAUUACUAUUAUAAUAAUUUGUAACAUCUCUGUUUCUUUCAGCAACACUAUCAACAUCUUAAUUGUUAUCUAUCUUUCAUCAACAACAAGUUCCACCAUCGGUUUUAAUAAUAAUAAUAAUCAUCGUCAUCAUAGCAAUAAUAGUAAUUAUAACAACAACACCUCUGCCUCAAUUAAUAACUCACCUACUUCAAGAUGCCUUUAAAUGUUUACCUACACCACAGUAACUCAAUCAUCAACCUUAUACCCAGAACUUUAUCAACAAUCAACACCUCAAUUUCCACCUUUAUCCCUACCAAUACCUCAACAGUAUCAAAAGUCAUCAAUAAACAGUGUCAAUUUAGAAAAGAGUCAACAGCAAUUAACAUCAAGGUCUCCAAUGGACAACAAUACAAUUGCAAAUCAAGAAAUUAUUACCUUUAUAAACAGAGAAUCAAUAAACUCAACAGGUUAUCAACAGAAAAAAAUUCACAACUCAUCUCAACUAAAUCAACAACAACAACAACAACACCAAUUAAUUGCUGCCACCACUAUUACCACAAUACAAACCAUUCCCGCCACCAUAAUCAGCACCUCAAAAGAUACAAUCAACUUGAAAUUACCAAUAUUAAAAGAAGAACAGUUAACAAUCAAAAGAUUAACAAAAGAAAAAAAAACUCACAACAUCGAACCAUCUAUAAGAUUAAUUUCCCAUCCAUAUCAAUAUUAUCGAGAAAAAUUUACCUUUAAUCAUGAUAGAUACUUAAUGAGGACAAUCAACAAGUUAUUCACAAUUAACUUAACCUUGUCCUUACUACUUGUUUUAAUACUUUCUACUAAUCUCCCAACAGUACAAUCAACAGUUUCCAAUGGACAAACUGGAUCAAGUAACUAUCUUAUUCCUCAUCAAUCACUUGAUCAUAACAACAGAAACGGUGUCAAUACUUUGUAUUCUCAACGAUUAACAACAUCACCAUCAUCAUCAUCAUCAUCAUCAUCAUCGUCGUCGUCCAUACAAUCAUCAUCAUCACAAAUUAAUUCUCCUUCUUCUUCAUCAUCUUAUUUUUCACCUGAUCCAUCAGGAAAUGUCACCACCAUUGAAGCCUCAUCUUCAUCGUCAACCAAUGAUAGUUGCCCAGUUUUCCCAAGUUUCGAGUGGCCACCCGAUUGUCCAGUUGAACCAGUUCUUAAAAUUGGUUAUCUAACCAACAUUUAUGGUCGUGAUAAUCCUAAACGUCAAGGUUUGGUCAUUUCCGGUGCCAUUACCUAUGCCAUUGAGAAAAUCAAUUCCAAUUCAAGUUUUCUUAAUGGUACCCGACUUGAAUUCAUUUACAAUGAUACCCUUGGUGAAACUUUAAAAAGUACAGCGGCAAUGUUAUAUCAAUGGUCUAAAGGUGUUAUCGGUUUUAUUGGUCCUGAAGAUUCAUGUGAUGUUGAGGCCACUAUAGCGGCAUCACUUAAGAUUCCAAUGAUUAGUUAUAAAUGUGCUGAUUCCAAGGUUUCUAGGAAAGAUUUUUAUUCAACCUUUGCUCGUACCUAUCCACCUGAUACUCAGGUUAUUAGAUCGGUAAUCGCUCUUCUUGAUUAUUAUAAAUGGAUGAAAUUUUCUAUCAUAUAUGAGGAAACACCUCAAUAUACAAUUGUCGCUAAAAGUUUAGCUCAUCGAGCUGCAUCAGCUCGUUUUAAAAUUAAUUCUGAAAGAUCAUUUGGAAAUUAUUUCGCUUGUUGUGAAGAUAAACAGACUUGCUGUGUCAACCCUUUUCUAUCAAUUAUCGAGGAGACUCAUAAAAGUACACGAAUCUAUGUGUUUCUAGGUGGAAUUCGUGAUCUCAUCAAAAUGCUUCUGGUCAUGGAGAUUAAAAAUUUACUCGAAAAUGGUGAAUACAUGAUAAUUUAUGUUGAUUUUGAAUCUUAUGAGGAGAGUCAUUCAUAUAAGUAUAUUUGGCGAAGUGAAAUGUCCAAAGAUGAUGUUCGAGCAACCCUAGAAGCGGCAAGAUCUCUCCUGGUUAUUGUUCCUUCACCACCAAGGGGUCAAGAUUAUUCUUUCUUCGAGGAUAAGGUUCGAUUCUACAAUGGUCAACCACCUUUCAAUUUUCCCACUCCUUUCGGCGAAAUGAACAUGAAAAAACAUAUCACCAUUUUUGCUUCCUACCUUUACGAUGCUGUAAUGCUUUACGCUGAAGCUCUGGCUUCCAUGUUGGUGGAUAAAGUUUGCCCACGAAAUGGUACUGAAGUUAUUCGUCGCAUUAUUGCUCGUAAACGUUAUCAAUCGGUGACCGGAACUUGGAUGUUAAUAGAUGAAAAUGGAGAUGUUGAGGGUAACUAUACGGUUUUGUCGCUUCUAAAUGCUGGUUCUGUUAUCAAUCUAACGGGAAUUCGUAAUAUAACUUUUCAUCAGUUAAUGUUACCUAUGGGUUCAUUUGAAUACGAUGAGACCAAAAAUCAGACCGUUUUCCGUUUACAUGAAAAAGUUGCUUGGGUCUCAGGAAAACCACCAGUUGAUGAGCCGCCGUGUGGAUUUGAUGGUUCAAAGUGUUUCGGUCCAGAAAACAAUCAACGGGAAAUAAUAGCCGGUAUACUUGCUGGUCUAUUUAUAACAACAUUCCUGAUAACCACGAUUACUUAUCGUAAUUGGAAAUACGAGCAAGAAAUUGCUGGUCUGUUGUGGAAAAUUCAACUUCGUGAAUUAAAUUUAUACUACAAUGAAUCAAGUCCACUUUCCGCUUCUCGAGCAUCUUUUGGUUCGGUUGUUUCUGGUGAGUCUCGAUUGUUACAUCAAGUUUACACUCAAACGGCAAUUUAUCGGGGAACCAUGGUGGCCGUUAAAGAGUUACGAUUUAGUCGUAAAUCAAUUGACCUUCCCAGAGAAAUUAAGAAAGAGAUGAAACUUUUGAAGGAGAUACAUCAUGAUAAAAUUAAUCCAUUUAUCGGCGCUUACAUUGAACCAAAUUGUGUCUACAUAGUUACCGAAUAUUGUGCCAAAGGUAGUCUACAGGAUAUUCUUGAGAAUCCUAAUCUUAAACUUGAUGGGAUGUUUAUCGCUUCCCUUGUUUUUGACCUUAUCUCAGCGAUGAUUUACCUUCACGAGUCGGACAUUAAAGUUCAUGGUAAUCUUAAAUCGACCAAUUGUCUGAUAACAUCUCGAUGGGUUCUACAGGUAACCGAUUUUGGUCUUCAUCAGUUACGUAAAUCAGCUGAUCAGGGAUCAACCGACAGUUCGGAAAACUAUUAUCGCUCAUUGUUGUACACUUCACCUGAACUAUUAAGAGAACCUCAGGUCAAAGGAACACAAAAAAGUGAUGUCUAUGCAUUUGCGAUUAUCUUACAUGAGAUAAUUGUUCGUGAAGGUCCAUUUAACCUUAAUUCACCGGAAAACAAAUUUACCGCCUGUGAUAUUAUUGCCAAAGUGACCCGACAACCCGCCGGUGUUGAUGAGGAUUCUCCCUUUCGACCUAACAUUCAAGUGGUCCUUCAAUGUCAAGAGUAUAUAAUCAAUACGAUGAAAGACUGUUGGUCCGAGUAUUCCGAUUAUCGACCUGAUUUUCGCUCCAUCCGAACCCGCCUUAAAAAGAUGCGCGUUGGUUUAAAGGCCAACAUAAUGGAUAAUAUGAUGGCCAUGAUGGAAAAGUAUGCCAAUAAUUUAGAGGAAUUAGUUGAAGAAAGAACAGAACAAUUAGCUGAAGAGAAAAAGAAAACGGAAUCACUUUUAGAUCGUAUGUUACCCAAAUCGGUGGCCGCUCAAUUGGUCAGAGGUGAAUGUGUUAUCCCUGAAACUUUUGAUGCAGUGACCAUAUUUUUCAGUGACAUCGUUGGAUUUACUGCAAUGUCCGCUGAAUCCACACCCAUGGAAGUGGUCACUUUUCUCAAUGAUUUGUAUACUCUAUUUGACUCCAUUAUAACCAAUUAUGAUGUCUAUAAGGUUGAAACCAUAGGUGAUGCUUAUAUGGUGGUCAGUGGACUUCCCAUAAGAAAUGGUGAUAAACAUGCAUCUGAAAUCGCCUCAAUGGCAUUGGAAUUACUUGAUUCGGUUAAAGCAUUCAGAAUUCACCAUAGAUCAGAUGAAACACUUCAACUAAGAAUCGGGAUCCAUACAGGUCCAGUUGUUGCUGGUGUAGUUGGAUCAACGAUGCCACGAUAUUGUUUAUUUGGUGAUACCGUUAACACUGCUUCCCGAAUGGAGUCCAAUGGAGAGGCGUUGAAAAUUCAUAUUAGUCCACAUUGUCGGGAUCAUUUGACAAAAUUAGGCGGAUAUUUAAUUGAGGAAAGAGGUUAUGUCAAGCUCAAAGGGAAAGGUGAAAUAUUAACCUACUGGCUAGUCGGUCAUAUUGACGGGAUUCAAGCUCGUCGUGAUGUUUCUGGAAGUCAAAAUGAAUACAGCAGUCAACCUACAGGAUUAUUUGCUGAAUUAACAUGAGAAAGAAACAAAAAAAAAGAAAAUUUGACCAAUCAACAAUCAAUGAUGACAAAUUUAUAUAAAGAUAAACAAAAAAUGAUAAUUAUAUUGAGAGAAAAAAACAAAUAACUGAUUAAAUGUUCUGUAAAAACAAUUACUCUCAGAAUCAGAGUAAUCAUUUUUCAUUUGAUUGUAUCAAGAAAACAUGUACAA